GGGACAGUGUUUCCGCGGACACCGGGGGCGGGGCCUGGCCGGCAGGGCUUGACGAGCGGGAAGAGAGGAACGCUGGCCCGGCUGGCGGAGGACGCAAGGAGGCGCUGGCUGCCAGACCAUGCUGAGCCGAACGUGCGGCAGGCUCGCCUCAGUGCUGCGGGGAACACUCGCGCCGCCGUCUGAGGUCGCCCGUAGGUGCCUGCACGCGUCGGGGUCGCGGCCGUUGGCAGACCGGAGCGAGAGGGCGGAGGAGCCGCCCCGCACUUUCGAUCCCGCGCUGUUGGAGUUCCUGGUGUGCCCGCUCUCCAAGAAGCCGCUCAGAUAUGAAGCAUCAACAAAUGAAUUGAUUAAUGAAGAGUUGGGAAUAGCCUACCCAAUCAUUGAUGGAAUUCCUAAUAUGAUACCACAGGCAGCUAGAAUGAUACAUCAAAGUAAGAAGCAAGAAGAAAUGGAGCAGCGCUAGAUCAUAAUU